CAGAAGAAGGAAAAAUACGCAGACGUCCAACACUUUGCUCCUAUCGAAAGUCGUCGUCGUCGUUUUCGUGAGGUUUUUGCGUCCGGAAAAUAGAUAGUUUCCUUUCUCGGUAACUGUUUCUGGAUAGAUCAAAUCUGGCGGAUUACGGUUUCAAUAAUUAUUUACGCGAAACGGUGAAAAUCAGUGCUAAUCGAUCGAGUAACAUACUCGAUUUCUGUGGGGGUAGUUGUGAGCCAAGCGGGAGGGGAAAGCCAUCACAUCUAUUCCGUGUGGAGUACCAGGAAAAACUAUUUUUUCUUCGUUUCUGCUGGGGGAGGCCAUCGUGUGAAAAUCCCGUUACCGUGGGUGAAAAAUUGAGAAUCCGUAUUGGAGAAACUAUUGUGCAAUAUAACAUCGGGGCAGUGAAAGAGUUAUGUGAAAGUUUUCACGAAUCAAAGUAUCACGUCAUGGUACUUUCUGUGUUGCAGUAAAAUAAUCCAGCCGGAAGUGAAUUUUAUACUAAGGUCUGAAGUACAAGAAGAUUGGGUCACCACAAGUGAGUUCAAUCUCAAAGCUAUGUAAAUUUCAGUAAGCUACGACCCGAUCGAUUGGUGUUGUACAGAAUCAGUGGAAAUCUGAGAAAAGCGAUUCAUGUGAAUCGCAGCGGUCUACACGCUUGAAUAGAUUUUUCUCCCGAGUGCUUUGUUUGAUUGAGUGGGUUCGCAAGAAGAGUAAAAGUGGAAGGCAUAUUGUUUACACCACACAACACAACCAAAGUAACCUACCAACAGCAGAUCUGCAAGGUUGAAGGCAUAGGCUACUUAUCCGGAUCAAUCGUAUCUACUAGCAACUUAAAAGGGUGAUUGUUUCCAGUCGCAUUCACCAACGGCGGCAACAUUAGAACAAACUAAACAAACAUGACCGCAACGGACAACACGAUACGCUUCAGUGACCACACGCUGGACAAAGCGACCAAGGCAAAGGUGACACUCGAGAACUACUACAGUAAUUUGAUCGCCCAGCAUGGGGAACGCAAGCAGCGGCAGGCCAAGCUGGAGGCAUCGCUCAAAGAUGAAGGCCUCUCGGAAUCCCAGCGACAGGAAAAGCGGAUGCAGCACGCCCAAAAGGAGACCGAAUUCCUACGGUUGAAACGAUCCCGACUAGGGGUGGAGGAUUUCGAAGCCCUGAAAGUCAUCGGAAGGGGUGCGUUUGGGGAAGUACGGUUGGUACAGAAAAAGGACACCGGUCAUGUUUAUGCGAUGAAAGUUUUACGGAAGGCGGAUAUGUUGGAGAAGGAGCAGGUGGCACACGUAAGGGCAGAGCGAGACGUGCUUGUAGAGGCCGACCAUCAGUGGGUUGUCAAAAUGUACUAUAGUUUUCAGGAUUCUGUUAAUCUUUAUUUGAUCAUGGAAUUCCUGCCUGGCGGAGACAUGAUGACGUUGCUCAUGAAGAAAGAUACCCUAUCCGAGGAAUGUACACAGUUCUAUAUAGCGGAAACGGCGCUGGCUAUCGAUUCGAUACAUCGACUCGGGUUCAUCCAUCGGGACAUCAAACCGGACAACUUGCUACUGGAUGCCCGUGGUCAUUUGAAAUUAUCUGAUUUCGGUCUCUGUACCGGGCUGAAGAAAUCGCACCGAACCGACUUCUAUCGAGAUCUGUCCCAGGCCAAACCAUCUGACUUCAUCGGAACCUGUGCCAGUCCAAUGGACUCCAAAAGAAGGGCCGAAAGCUGGAAGCGGAAUCGACGGGCUCUGGCCUACAGUACGGUGGGAACACCGGAUUACAUUGCACCGGAGGUGUUUUUGCAGACAGGGUACGGUCCGGCUUGUGACUGGUGGUCUCUCGGUGUGAUUAUGUACGAAAUGUUGAUGGGCUAUCCGCCGUUCUGUUCGGACAACCCUCAGGACACAUAUCGGAAGGUGAUGAACUGGCGCGAGACUUUAAUUUUCCCACCGGAAACACCCAUCUCGGAGGAAGCUCGAGACACGAUUGUCAAGUUUUGUUGUGAAGCGGAAAGAAGGUUGGGAUCGCAACGUGGCAUUGAGGACCUUAAGCUGGUUUCUUUCUUCCGGGGUGUCGAUUGGGAACAUAUCCGAGAACGGCCAGCUGCCAUACCGGUUGAGGUUCGCUCGAUUGACGACACAUCCAACUUCGACGAUUUCCCCGAUGUUGCCCUCGAAAUUCCUGCCCAUCCAACACCGGAAGGAGAAGUGCUCAAGGAUUGGGUCUUUAUCAACUACACCUUCAGACGGUUCGAGAGCCUUACGCAGCGUGGGACUCCGACCAAAAAGUAAGACGAGAACAUCGCAUUUGUUGCUGCAAACAAUUCUUCCGGUCUACGCUCGAUUUUAUCAAUUAUCUAUCCACCACCUAACAACAACCAAACAAACUUUGCAAAAUCUAAUCUCACGCUUCGCCACAGUCAGACGUGACAGUUGCCCGAUAUGGUUAAAAAUCGUAGGAUAAGCAAACAUUGUGACAACCCUGCAGAAAUAGUCCGAAUACCGGAGGUUUUCGAUGACUCAAUAAAUCAGAUGAACUAUUAUCAACCCGUCGAAA